AGUUAUUGGAAAAGGCACAUGGUGAUUCACACAGGUUUAAAAAGCCAUCAGUGUCCACUAUGUCCAUUUCGUUGUGCCCGCAAGGACAAUCUGAAAUCGCACAUGAAGGUCCAUCAGCACCAGGACAGAGGGGAGACUUUCCAAUGUCAGCUUUGCCCUUUCACCUCUUCACGCCAUUUCAGCUUAAAACUACACAUGCGAUGCCAUCAGCAUUUCCUACGGGCAGAGGCCAAAGUGAAGGAAGAGCCCAAUGAUGUUGACAUAAAAGGAUCUCCUUUUAAUAACUCCUUGGGAAGCCAUGAUGAGGGAAGUACCUCACCUGGUCAGAACUCUCUUCUUCCUGAAACUUUAAGCCAGAUCAAUUCUGUACCUGCCAGUUCACUACCUAUCAAAGAGGAG